AUGAUGGAGGAGAUUCGGAAGAAGAAGGAGAAGCACUUGGUGGAAAAGGAGAGAUGGACCAAGAUGGAGGAGGAGCUUGAGAGGGUAAAAGAGCGUGAACAGGAGAUCCUCGAUAAGCUUCCUGGAUUGAAGCUCCAAAACCCUGGUAAUUCAUGCUUCCUCAACGUCGCUAUCCAGAUGAUGCAGAAAGCUGGAUGUGGCCGUCACUUCAAAAGGACAUGUGAGACUCCAAUGCACAAGCAGCUCAAAUGGAUUUUUGACGGGAAAAAAGAGACGAAGGACGCUACAGUGCUCCGCAGCCUGCUCUCUGAUAAGACGCUCAAGACGGGUGCACAACGACCGUUCAAAGCCUUCAAUGCUCUCAUGGAGGACCUCUCGACUGAAUGUGGUGCCCGCCACGAACCACUUUGCUCAAUGUUCAGCUACCAACUGAUCUCAACGCUCAAGGGUUACACCGGAGGCUGCGGAGAAUACCAGCUGUCCAUAGAGAAACGAACCUCUUGCUUGGAAUACACACUGGGCAAGAGGAGAACAUUCUUAGACGUAGUAGCGAGUAAAGAGCAGAAGUGCCUGAAAAAGCACACAGUCGAGGGUGACUUUCUGGGACAAAGGGAAUGGCGGGUCGAGCUAAAAAAUUCGAAGUUCCUAUUGGUGAACAUCCGCAGAAGGCCGGGCCAGGACACGGGGUUGUUGGACCCAAGAGAGCCAAACAUUUUUCUGGGGAACAAGUUGAAGCUUGUCGGAUUCGUUGAAGUGGAGAUGUGUGGUGGUGGCGAGUAUCAUGCAAUCUCUUGGACUCGUCAUGGAGACUACUGGACGCGACACAACGACGAUAAAGAAACCGAAAUCUACGAGCACCCAAUUAACUGGACAGCCAUGACCAUCGGGCACUUGUUUCUUUUCGAGAAGGUUGAUACUUGAUCUCUUAUGUUAAAAACCAGCCGCUGACCGCGCCUACGGCGCGGCCAACGACUGGCAAAAUUUAAAGUGUUCGACACAUAAAACACCAAAUAUUCUUUUAUCAAUGUCACAUGAAAAAAUUGAA